AUGAUUGGGAUGCGGAAGCUUACGCGGGCGGAGCGGGAAGCGACGGAGGCGGAGGAGCGGAAACAGCGCGAGGAGAUCGCGCAAAUGGUGGACGCGCAGCGGAAGGCGCGGGAGCAGGCGGAGGGGGCGAGUACGAAUAACUGGGAGGUUGUCGGGAAAAAGCCUGCAACUGUCGGAAAAGCGGUCGAGGUGGCAAAGAGCAGCAGCAGGAGAAGCAGCGGGGAGCACGACAAGCAGGGUGGCGUGACGACCGGGGGGAAGGAAGCUGGACCUUCCAUUGUCAGGUUAGGGACGGCGUGCCUAUGGUCGUACCCUGCCAUUGCUCCCUUGCUUCAUCCCGCCCCUGCUGCUGCUGCUGCCCCUGAUGCUGCUGCCCCUGCCCCUGCUGCUGCUGCAACGUCAGUGUCGCCACCACGAUUAGCCUGCGACCCGUUGCCCUCCACCUCUUCCUUCCCAUCUUCCUCCUUCACCACUCCUAUCAAGCAACACCAGCAGCAGCAGCAGCGGCGGGGGGGGCAGGAGGCAGAAGCGUGUGGCAGGGAGUGGCAGAUGUGGGGCUCGUCCCUCCGCCUCUCACACGCGCUCGCCGCCACACCUCCUACAUUUGCUGCUGCCUCCUCCGCUGCUCUUCCCUCCUCCUCCCCUCUUCCCGCCUCCGCUCUUUCCUCCUCCCCUGUUCCUUCCUCUUCUGCUGCUUCCCUCACCACCACCCUCACCACCACCACCACCCCUCAUUCCUACCUCGCCAAUCCCUUCGCCCUCCCCUUCUCCUCGCCCUUCUCACUGGGGUUUUCACCCACUCUCGUGCCCGCCACACCCGUCGACCCAGCGCCACUGACAAAUAGCCCACUCAAUCUGAGCACCCCUGCUGCUCCUCUGCCCAGUACUGCUGUCGGGACGGUAGAGAGGAGCGGUUUCACCGGAUCAAAGAACAAUUUUAACGCAGCGAGGCAUGCCUUCCCUGGGUCCUGGAGUGCAGGGGGGGUGGCUUCUGAGUCGAGUCAGCAGUCACCUCGUUUUCCUGGGUCGUGGAGUGCUGGGGGCCAAGAUUUGACUGGGUUCGGCGAUGCGCUAAAGAGUAACGCGUUUAGAGCAGCAAUCGGUGGCGGCAGAGGAGGGGUGGGCGGCGGGGCGAGCGGCGGAGGGAUGCGGGCGGCGUGGAUGGCGGAGAUGUGGGACGAGGACGUGCCGCCCGCUUUCGUGGAUUGCAUCACGCAGGAGAUCAUGCGUGAUCCAGUGAUCACGGCCGACGGGCACUCUUACGAACGGGCUGCGAUUGAAAAGUGGCUCAUGUGA